AUGAAAAAUAAGAGACACGACAUGGAUGCUUCAAAUUCAUAUUUUAAGAAGGUUAGACGAAACUGCAGCAAAAAAAAAACUUUACUAAGCAUGCUAUUUUAUGGGUAUUGUGACACCAAAAGCCAGCGACCGAUAAGUUUAGUACGUCCCAAAUCGAGACACACUCCUACUCUCAGGCUGUGUUCAACGAUAACUGAAACUGAAAGAAAUAAAAGCACCGAGUCUGCACAAAAACAUCCUAAUGAAUGA